AUUGAGGGUCGUUUCUGAUGAGUGUGCGCUUCUGUGCGAAAACACCGGAAGUAGCUUACUGAACCAACGGAAACGACAUCUCGACUCGAUCAUCCGCGAUGUUUUUUUAAGGAUUACAAUUUACAGUAACUCGUAUGAUGUGAAGCCACUUUAAAGAGACCUGCCUUGAUGUCACAAUGGACACUUCAUGUAAUUUACUUCUACUCUUGAUGUUUUUGCACUAUGCAGUAGGUUUCACUAAUAGUUGUGUGAAGAUCCUUCCAGACUCCAGCAGUAGCAUUGUUCUUGAGGUGGGAAAAGACUUCACCGCGACAUGUCACCUGCUUGAAGGGUCCGAUUACACCUCAGAUGAUAUUGAAUGGAUUUCGGAGAACGGCAGCAUUCCAAAGCAGUCUUACCGCAGAAUAAAUGAAACGGCUGUUAGUGUUACUGUUAACAUCGACAGUAACUUGAACGGUUGGUUGAAGUGCAGAGCCGCCAAGCAGUCCCUGUCAUUCGUACCACCGUGUGUCUAUGGAAUCUCACUCCAUGCGGGAUAUCCUCCAUUGAAACCAAAGAAUCUGUCAUGCAUUGCUGUGCAAGAGGACAAGGAUAUUUCCCCUAACUUAAACUGUAGUUGGGAUCCAGGAUUGCGAAACCCGCUGAUCGAUACAACUUACACCGUUUAUGCCAACGUACUUGGGACCACUCAAAAACAUAAAGCUGAGUGUAAUCAGUAUCUUGCAAGAUCCUGCGUCGUCAACCUGGAAACCUUUCCAAUUCACAUGAUUUUAAAAGUGUGGGUUGAAGUGAAGAAUGCUCUGGGGUCAGAGCAGUCCGAACUUCAAAAUGAUUCGUCUUAUUUUGCAAAACCAAAUCCACCACUGAAUGUCCAAGUCCUCGCUGAAGUUAACAUCCCUACAUCUCUCAUGGUUACCUGGAAACAUCCCAUUGACAGGACCAUUAUGAAACUCUCUUAUGCCAUCAGAUACCGCAAAGCAGCAUCUGAAGUUUGGAUCGAGGUGCCGGAGAGCUUCACCAGAGGGUACAUCGAGUCGUUCAGACUGCAGUCUCUGGAGCCGUACACUGAAUAUGUGGUGCAGAUGCGAUGCAUUGGAGAAAGUAAAAGCAGUUACUGGAGUGACUGGAGCCUCAAUGUUGCAAAUAGCACUGCAGAAGCCAAGCCAGCAAGUGCACCAGAUCUUUGGAGAAUCAUUCAGCCCACUGCUAAUAAUAGAAAUGUCACACUAAUAUGGAAGGAUCCUGUAAAAGCUAAUGGGAAAAUACUGUCAUAUAACUUGAGUAUCAACCAGGGUUACAAGAUGUUUGAAAGCCCCAGUAUAAAAGAAAAUACUGUCAGCCAGAUGUAUUCAAUGGAGCUGCCACCAGGAAAAAUGGCCAAUAUUGAAAUAACUGCGUUCAAUUCAGUUGGAGCGUCUCCUAAAGCAUCUUUGUUCAUUCCAGGAUCAGAUAAAGAGCUUCCUGGCGUGGAGGAUAUGAGCUGGUCUGUGCUUGAUGGAAAGCCAGAGUCGAAGCUGCAGGUGAAGUGGACUGCUGUCCUGCCUCCUCGUCCCACUUUACAUCUCUCCGAAUAUCUGCUGGAGUGGGUGAAAAUCACACAGUCUGUGCAUCAAACAGAGCUGCAGGUCGGCUGGCAGAGAGUCCCCAAAAAUCUCACCAUCACCACACUAAAUGCUGAUUUGGAGAAAUUCAAGCGGUACAACAUAUCAGUGUAUCCGAUUUACAAGAAUCAUUCAGGACACAGGCUUUUCCAAGCAGGACGUCCCGUGACCAGACCAGCCUACAUUCAACAAGGAACUCCAAUAGAGGGUCCUACUGUCAAAGUGAAAAAAUCCAAGAAGAACAGUGCCGAGCUGACGUGGGAUGAGAUUCCUCUGGACAGCCAGCGGGGUUUCAUCACCAACUACACCAUAUUCUACGCCAUCGGGAACACUAAGCAAUGGAAAUCUGUGACGGUGGACCCUAAUGUCCAUUCACACGUGCUGACGGAUCUGGCCAGUGAAACCGAUUACGUGGUUAACGUCUUGGUGUCAACAGAAGCAGGAUCUUUCAAAGGCACCGAUUGUACUUUCAAAACUAUGAAGUACGGUGAUGGAGAGGUGGAGGUGAUUGUAGUUGUGGUUUGCCUCGGCUUCCUGUUCCUGACCGUCUUUAUCAUAAUGUUCUGCCUUCGGAAAAGAGAAGUGAUUAAGAAGAUGUUGUGGCCGCAGGUUCCAGACCCGUCUGACAGCUCCAUUGCCCACUGGUCACCUGAUUUCCCCAUAAAGGCCGACCUGCCCAAAGAAGACGUCAGCGUGGUGGAGGUGGACGUGUUCGACGGCAAGUCCCUGUGCGAGGAAGAAAAGGGCGUUCUGCCGCUGAAGAAGGACAAGUAUCUGUCGGAGGAGCACAGCAGCGGCAUCGGAGGCUCGUCCUGCAUGUCUUCGCCCCGGCACAGCGUGUCGGACAGCGACGAGGGCGACUCGGGCCAGACCACGUCCAGCACCGUGCAGUACUCCACCGUGCUGGGCAGCGGCUACAAGGGCCAGACUCCCAGCCACCAGCCUCCAGCGUUCGCUCGCUCCGAGUCCACUCAGCCGCUGCUGGACUGUGAGGAGCAUCCCGACCAUCUCAACGAGAGCCAGUCCAGGAGCUCAUACUUCAGACGCGGCCGAGAGCUGGAGCCCGGGGUGCUGGCUCCGGAGUGUGACGGAGGCUCGCUGACCUUCUGUCCGGUGCAGGAGGAGGAGGUGUCUCCCGUCACAGAGGAGCCACCCGCCUCCGCCUUGAGUUACAUGCCGCAGAAGAGCGGCUACCGACCUCAGUAAAAGACGCUGGCGCUUUAGAGACAUCCCUAAGCUACUGUAUCUGAAUGUGAUCUGUCAGCAACUGUUAUGUUUGGCAUUUCAGCGGGAUUGCAAGCUUAUUCCAGAUGUGUAUGUAACACUAGACUACUCACACUGCCACGUGCCUUCAGAUGGAGAGCGACUGCUUGUAACUCCAGCCACUUCCUUCUUUCUGACUGUUGUUCUGAACCGCAUGCAUGUUUUGUUGUAUCAUUGUGUAAAAAUGUGGAUUUUCAUCUCAAUUUCACUGCAGGUCAAACGUUUUGAACAGGAAGAUCACUUCCGCUCACCAAGCCUGCCUUUAUUUGAUCCACAGCAAAAGCAGUAAUUUUGAGAAAUAUUUUUCUAUUUGAAUAUAUUUUAUAAUGUAAUUUAUUCAUGUGAGUUCAAAUCUGAAUAUUAGCAUCAUUUCUCCAGUCUUCGGUGUCACAUAAUACUU